AAGCUUCAGUUAAAUAAAAUGAAGAAUCAGGAAAUAAAAAUAUGUCGUGCCACUUUAACUGUGUUAAAAUACAGUUUGAUUUGGCCCAGCGAAGCGGACGAAAUGAAUCCAGGAAAGUGGUAUUACAUCCGUGUCGUAACUUUCAUACUUUUCACUUGUCCUUGGGUCUUAUCAGUUUUCAUGCACCUUAUUGUCUCCAUAAGAAACAAUGCUGAUAUCCAUCUAAGCGAAGACGUUGCCCUGAUGGUGGCUUUCACUGGUGUCUAUUACAUGACGAUCAUUUACGUGAAAAAGCAGCCAAAAGUGGCUUUCCUCUUGCGAGAUUUGUCCUAUUUUCAGUUCGGCAAACCGCCUGGAUUUGACGAAACGGAACGAAUUUUGGGUUUCUUAUCCAAAUUGACCUUUUGUUACAGUGUUAUGGCAGUUGUGAUUUACAAUUACAUUAAAUACCGGCAAAAACCAGAAUGUGAAAGAAUGAAUAAACUGAAAGGCUUGAAGGAAAACUGUGGGAUGUUGACACCGACAUGGUGGCCGUUUGAGAUCAACUAUUCGCCAGCGUUUCAGUUGAUUUUUCUUUACAUUUUUACUUCAACCCAAGUCAUGAUGAAACUUUCUUUGAUGAUCUCGUUUAAUGUUCUCGAAAUGGCGCAUCAUAUCAUUCUGAGGAUAAAUCACUUGAAAACUAUGAUUUUGGAAAGUUUAGAUGAGCAAGAUUAUGAAGCGUCUAAACGAAAAAUAAAAACUUGCAUUUUGUAUCAUUUGGAAAUAUUGGGUUUUGCCGAACGGAUGGAUGAUUGUUUUUCGAAUGGAAUGUUUGCUCAUCUCACAAUCACAGCUGCGAUUUGUGGAUGUUUGGAAAAACAAUUCGUCGAUGGUGAUAACCAACUAGGGUCUUUGUUACAUAUUUUUGGCUGGAUUUUGGCUCUGUUUUUGGCUUGUCUUGGAGGCCAACAUUUGAUUAAUGCUAGUGAAACAAUUUCUGACGCCAUUUGGUCGUCUAAGUGGUACGAUGCUGAUUUACGUCUUAGAAAAGAUUUAAUAUUUAUGAUGGCAAGGUCACAAGUAGGACUAUACCUGAACGUUGGAGGGUUUGGAAUUCUUUCAUACGCCCUUUUUUUAUCGGUAAUAAAAAUGUCAUACUCAAUCCUCGCUAUGUUAACUUCUUAAAUUAUACUUUGAACUAAGGCAUUUAAUUGUAUUUUUAAUCUUAGUACUAUUAUUAUUGUCACAUUAUUGCACUGUACAAGGCUAUGUCAAUAAAAACAAAAAAAAACAAAUCCACUUAACACAA